CUGCAGGAAGUUGUUUUCACGCAAGUAGAGUUGUCGGUUUGGUAGACGGUCUCUAGAUUAUUUGCUUUGUCACAAACCUAAACUACAAUGAGACACCUGGGCCUUUUGCUAGGUGUGCUUCUCUGCACCUGUUUUGGUGUACACAAGGAGAACUUCCGCACUUGUGAUCAGAGUGGCUUUUGCAAACGUCACAGAAAUAUGCAGCCAGGAAGUAGCAAAUAUGUUGUGCAGCCUUCCACCUUAAGGAUUUCAAAAACUUCAAUGAUGGUAGAUGUUGUCAACACAGACAAUGAUGUACGCUUCCUGCUUCAAGGUUAUGGACUACAGCAUGGAAUAUUCCGUGUUAAGUUGGUAGAAGCAGAGCCAGUACGAGAACGAUAUGAGAUUCCUGCUGGGAUGGCACUUGUUGCAGAGCCCAUCCAGGAAGAGUUGGUCUAUGAUGGGGAGAAAGAUGGGAAGUUAACUUUUACAUUGGGACACAACAAGAUGGUGAUUUCUGUGAACCCACUUAGAAUAGACUUUUUCAUCAAUGAUGAACCUGUGACUAGUUUAAAUGCACAAGGGCUGCUAAAGUUUGAACACACUCGUCAGAAACAAGAGUCUAAAAAGGAAGACGAUGGAGCAGCAGAUGGUGCUGACGGAGAUCAGAAGGAAGAAGCUGAACAGCCUAAGUCAGCUGAUGAUGAAGAGCCAGAUAUGUGGGCGGAAACAUUUAAAGGCUUUACAGACACCAAACCUAAUGGUCCUGUAUCUGUGGGCAUUGACAUUGCCUUCCCUGGUUUCCGCUAUGUUUAUGGCAUACCUGAACAUGCAGAUUCUUUUGCUUUGAAAACUACCAAGAGUACUGACCCAUACAGAAUGUAUAACUUGGAUGUGUUUGAAUAUGACUUGUAUAAUCCCAUGGCCUUAUAUGGACAUGUACCAUUCAUGGUUGCUCACAAUGAGAAAAACACAGUUGGUGUGUUUUUCCAAAAUGCUGCUGAGGGUUGGAUUGAUAUUCACUCUAAUGUUGCUGACAAGUCAAUCUUCUCCAAUUUAGCAGAUUUUGUGACAGGCAACAAUGAGGUUCCUCAAACUGAUACACACUGGUAUUUUGAGGAUGGAAUCAUUGAUAUUUUUGUCCUGCUAGGACCAGGACCUAAGGAUGUUUUUAAGCAAUAUGCUAGUCUGACAGGGAACACCCCCCUCCCACCACUCUGGGCUCUCGCUUAUCACCAGUGCAGAUGGAACUACAAUGACCAAGAUGAUGUCCGAACAGUUGAUAUGACCAUGGACAAGUUUGAUAUUCCUUUUGAUGUCAUUUGGCUGGACAUUGAACACACUGAUGGCAAAAAGUAUUUUACCUGGGAUGGAAGUAGAUUUUCCAACUCCAUCGAAAUGUUGAGGAAUCUAUCCUCAAAAGGCCGCAAAAUGGUGACAAUUGUGGACCCACAUCUAAAGAGAGAUGAUAACUAUCAAGUGUACACUGAGGCCAGAGACAAAGGACUGUUGGUCAAGAACAACAAUGGCAAUGAUUUUGAUGGAUGGUGUUGGCCAGGUUCCUCCUCUUGGCCAGAUUUCCUAGAGCAACACGUCCGUGACUGGUGGGCAGAUCAGUUUGCUCUGGAUAAAUACCAUGGCAGUGCAGAGAACCUGUAUGUCUGGAAUGAUAUGAAUGAACCCUCAGUUUUUAAUUCUCCUGAGAUAACUUUCCCUAAAGACACUAAGCAUUUAUCUGGUCGAGAAAACAGAGAGGUUCACAACAUCUAUGCCAUGCUUGUGCAUAAAGCUACAUGGGAUGGUUUGCUGAAAAGAAGUAAUUAUAAAGUGCGUCCAUUUGUUCUAACCAGAGGUUUCUUUGCAGGAUCACAAAGAUCUGCUGCUGUAUGGACUGGAGACAACAUGGGUGAGUGGAGUCACCUGAAAGUCACUGUCCCUAUGAUGCUCUCACUGAACUUGGCCGGCAUUCAUUUCUCUGGUGCUGAUGUUGGAGGAUUCUUCCGUAAUCCUGACAAUGAGCUACUGACACGUUGGUAUCAAGCUGCUGUGUUCCAACCUUUCUUCCGUGCCCAUGCUCACAUAGAUACCAAACGCAGGGAGCCUUACUUGCUACCUGAAGAGAAUAUGGUCAUUGCCAGGGAUUCUAUAAAGAAGCGCUACAGUUACCUGCCUCUCUGGUACCUCCUGUUUCAUGAUUCAGAGAAAUCUGGCAUGCCACCCAUGAGACCCCUGUGGGCAGAGUUCCCUGCUGAAACAAAUGUCUUUGAGAAAGAUGAUGUUUACAUGCUAGGCAGUUCCAUUUUGGUGCGUCCAGUUGUGGAUCAAGGAGAAACCAGUGUAAAUGUUUAUUUCCCUGGACCACACACGAUCUGGUAUGACAUUGACACAUAUAAGCCUUAUUAUGGUGGCCAUGAAGUUAGUGUAGAAGCUCCUCUGUCUAAGCUCCCAGCAUUCCAAAGAGGUGGCAGUAUCAUACCAAGAAAGAUGAGAGUAAGAAGAUCUGCUUCUCUCAUGUAUAAUGAUCCCUUCACUUUGAUUAUUUGCCUGGAUGAGCAUGGCAAGGCUCAUGGUCAGCUAUAUGUUGAUGAUUAUUAUUCUUAUGAGUACCAACAAGGAGAUUAUGCACUCACAGACCUGUCUUUCCAUAACUUUAAACUGGAGAACAAUGUGAUUCAUAAAGGUCAAAACUUCCACACAAAAGAAUGGGUGGAAAGGAUUGUAAUAGCAGGUGUCAAUACUGAACCAAAAAAUAUCCAUUUGGUCAAAGCUGACCAUAGCAAAGAAGCAUUGGACCAUACUUAUGACGCCAAAGCUAAAGUUCUUACAAUACGAAAACCUGGCGUCAAUGUGGCAGAAAAGUGGAUUAUUAAUCUACAUUAAGCAUUGAACACUUACAUUAGUAUAGAAAAAAAUGUUUACAAAAAGUUUGAUUUUUCGUUGUUCAUUCAUGUUUUAAAUCUACAUAAUUCCCUUUUGUACCAAUUUUUUUAUGUGAGCAGCUUUAAAAAAGUAGAGUUCAUCACAUCCUUACAUUGGCGCACUUCUUAUACAUUGCUGUGAACUGCCUUUAUUGAUCAUACAAACAUUUGUUUUUACACCUUGUUCUUAUUCUUUUUAUGAGGCUGUUAUUUCAUUAGGUUCAAUCUGUUAGUAACAGCUGUAAUAACAAAACCAGCCAGCUGGAUAGUCUUCUCAGUCCUAUUCUAAAAGCAAUAGAAGCUUUAAAAAUGUCAAUGAUUUCUAACAUAUCUUUCCUUGAGCAACGAGAAAUAUUUUUAAAACUGCCAGUAAAAUUAGUCUAAUUAUAAACAAACCUUAAAAUUGGGUGCCCUGUCAAAACGGCCCGGGACAAAUCGGCCCCGUCAAAACGGCCCCGUUAAUACGACCCCGUCAAAUCGACUCCCGACAAACCGACCCC